UAAAGCACCUCCAUUUUCAGGAUGGCAAAGGAGGAGGGGGGGCCCAAACAACCAGUGGAAAGCAGGUAAAACAUUAACUUUUGUUCCGCUGACAAGAUACUGGCACUGCUUCCUUAUUAGUGGAAACAGUGGAAAGCUCGGGGGCCAGAUGUCGCUCGCUAAUGGGAGAAAAGAGUUUGGCCGCUGCCUCGGCAACCCGCAGAUCGUCUCCUACGCUGCUCUGACCGUUCAGACAGAAGACAUUACCGUUCGCAGACAGACACAUCAGGCUCAGCGGAACUGCUUCUUUCAGGAACAAUGCCUAUUUCUAAAGUAACAGGAGACCUGUUUGGAGAGCGUCUCAAUAGAUAUUUAACUUAGAAAACUCAAUUAACCUUCUAUUUCAGAGUAAAUAUUUUUCUUCGAAGCUUGAGCCCCAGCAUUUCGGUCCUCUUCUGGUGCUGUGGAGGCUUGAUGGCGUGGUUUCACCUGGCUCGGGUCAAGCUGAACUGGACUGGCCUUUUAAUCCUGGCCCACUUCAUGUACCUGCUGAUCGGGGCCAUCAUCUUCCAGAUGCUGGAGAGAGAAGCCGAGAGCAACAACCGAAACCACUUUCAGCUGGAGAAGCUGAAUUUCCUGGCUAAUUACACCUGCUUGGAUGGUCCGGCCUUGGAGAAGUUUGUUCAGGUUAUUCUGUAUGCCUGGGAAAAGGGAGUGAACCCCUCAGGCAACUCAACAAACCCCAGCAACUGGGACUUCAGCAGCUCCUUCUUUUUCGCAGGCACGGUCGUCACCACCAUCGGUUAUGGUAACCUCUCCCCCAGCACCGUGUCCGGCCAGGUGUUCUGUGUGUUUUACGCGCUCUGCGGCAUCCCUCUGAAUCUGGCGUUCCUCAAGCAGCUGGGCAAGUCCCUCACCGUCCAUCUGGGUCGACUAGAGCGAGGGAUGGUGGCCGUCGUUCCUCACAAGAGAGUGGUGGAAGCCACGGCGGUGAGUUUGUUCUUCGUCACCGGCAGCCUGCUGUUCCUCGUCAUCCCUCCUCUGCUGUUCAGUUACGUGGAAGGCUGGACGUUCGGAGAGGGCUUCUACUUUGCCUUCAUUACCCUCAGCACCAUUGGUUUUGGAGAUUAUGUGGUGGGCACUGACCCCGGGAAGGAGUACAUCUCGCUGUACCGCAGCCUCGCGGGCAUUUGGAUCAUCUUUGCGCUCGCUUGGCUCGCUCUUAUUCUCAACAUGGGAGCGAGGAUCAUGGAGAACUUGAUUAUCCUGACUCAUCCGGGCUUCAAGAAGCACGACGAGGAGGACGAGGAGGAGGUGUCCUCCAGUAAACUGGAAGUCACGUCAAAGAUCUGACAAUAGACUUAUAAGAUAUUUGCAAAUUAUAUUAAUCUGCUGUUAAAUACUGUAUUUAGUGUGCUUUGUUUUUUCCUGCAAGCUCUAUCCUAA